UUUCGUACAGCUGGACCAGAAGUUGACAUACAAGAAAAACAAUAUAUUGAAGAAUUCUUUGAGCCCAAUUCCAUUUUACCAAAUGUGACUAAUUUUUCAAGUCAUAGAGCAAAAGAAUGGGCAACAGAAUUUGAAAAUAUAAAAGAUUCACCACAUUUUAUGCAAUAUGGGCCAGAAAUAAAGGAUGAAAUGAUGGAAGCGGCUUUCAAGAGAGCAAACUGGAACACCGAAUUUAUGGGAGAAUUUCAAUCAAACAUGAAAAGUCAAAUCACAGAAAUUCCACCAGAAUAUGAAGAAGUAUUUCAGAAAAAUUUUGAUUGGGCAAGUGAGUUUGCAUUAAAGAAAAAAGAAAAAAUCGAUCCAACGAGCUGGGAGGAACAAUUUGCUGCUGCUCAACGUGAUUCAGAAGCCAAUAAACAAUUUAGUAGUGGUGCGGAUGAUAUUGAUGUUUUAGAACAUGAUAAGAAAUUGUUUAGCGAAUUUGAAAAUAUUUGGAAGAAUAGUGAAAAUAAAUAUUUAAAUGAUGAUCUGAUUGAUUAUUCAGCAUGGGAUGACAAAUUCCUUAAUUUUGAAAAUAUGAAUUCAGAACAUGAUUUUGGAGAGUACAUAUUUGAAUCAAACAAUCCUUUUCUCGAACAUUUAAAUCCUUUUGAAGAAGGAAUGAAAAUAAUAAAUCAAGGUGGUUCGUUGUCAGAAGCUGCAUUGGCUUUUGAAGCUGCGGUAAAGAAAGAUAUUAAUAACUCUGAAGCUUGGGAGCGGUUAGGUAGUGUGCAAGCUCAAAAUGAGAAGGAUGAAGCAGCUAUAAGAGCUUUGCAAAGAGCUAUUGAAAUUGAUGGAAAUAAUUUGACUGCUUACACAAACGAAGGAUUCACAGCUCAGUCAUAUUUUACACUGGAGCGAUGGAUAACUGUGAAAUAUCCCGAGAUUGUAUUAUCUUCAGCAACAAUGCAUAAUUCACAAGUUCUUUUGUCUCGUGUUAAAGAAUUGUUUUUGAGAGCUGCAAGGAACGCACCAGAAGGUGAAAACAUUGAUCCUGAUGUACAAGUAGGCUUGGGCGUGUUAUUUUAUGCUAAUGAUGAAUACGACAAAGCUGCUGAUUGUUUUAAUACUGCAUUGGAAGUUCGUAAAGAUGAUUAUCUUUUAUGGAAUAAAUUAGGUGCAACAUUAGCAAAUUAUAACAAACCAGAAGAAGCAAUUGAAGCAUAUCAUAAAGCAUUAUCUUUAAGACCUACAUUUGUAAGGGCAAGACAUAAUCUGGGAAUCAGUUGUAUAAAUAUUCAUUGUUAUCGUGAAGCAGUUGAACACUUACUUGGUGCUUUGAGUAUGCAUAAGAUUGGCGAUGAUGAUAGUAAAAAUACUAGUAGAUCGCUUAGACUAACCUUGAGUAGAGCUUUUGAAAAAAUGGAAAGAAAAGAUUUGCUAGACAAAAUACUCUCUGGAGCUGAUGUUAAUGAAUUCCGUGACGAAUUUGAAUUUUAA